AUGCUAAACCUAUCAUCCCGACCUUCAAUGUGCGGGCCACCAUCAGCAAGGAAACGUAUAAACUGGAGAAAGUUCCAAACCGAACUAACUCCCCGAAUAAAGAACAUUCGCAUCACCACCAUCGAUGAAAUCAACAAAAACAUCGACCAACUCACCAAAGCCAUCCAAUCAGAGAUCAAAAACUGUUCCUACGAAUCGCGAACACUAGACCAACCAAAAUCACUACCUGAUGACAUACUGCUUGAGAUUGAUACCAAGCGUUUACUACGGAAAAACUGGCAACGUACGCACGACCCUCGGGUGAAAACGCUGUACAACGCACAGGUUUCCCAUGUCAAAGAUAUCCUCACUCGCCACAGACAAUCUGAAUGGAAUUCUUUUACUGCCACUUUCAAUUUCAAAAACAAAUCUAUAUACAAAUUGAACCGACGACUCCUCCACAAACAACCAGCAUGUCAACCUCUCAAAGCACCUGAUGGGACAAAAAUCUACGACACUAACUUUUCGCAGACACAAUGUCAGCCCAGUUCCAAAACAAUCCGGGCCCACCAUCACCUGAAGUCACCAACUCAAUCCAAAGACUACGCGACCUUGUAA